UGCUGAACGGUCGCACUUCUUUACAAACUAUAGGACGAGUCGCAUUUAUUUUUGUUUUUCAUUCUCUUUGGUUCCGCGUUUUUCUGCAUUUUAAAUACGCAACAAGCCUCUGCAAGGACUAUACACCUAGGAUGUUCCAUAAAAUAUACACGAUGCAUUGAAGAGCUUCUAAGCAGGGAGCGGGCAUAAAGCCCAUUGAAAUUCAUAAGGCAGCGACUACUUAAUGUUUUUUUAUUAGCAAAGUCAAUAUUUUAUUUUUCUAAGCACGACGAACAUUAUGCAGAUGAAGUACACGGGAAUCGAACUGUCCAUCUUCUGCCUGUGGGUGGUCGCAGAAGCUUCUGCCAGUUUGGCCAAAUUUGGGAGCACAACGCCAGUGAAUUCGCAACAAUCAGAUGUUGAACUGGAACUCAUCAAUGGGACACUUAACUAUCGUCUUUAUGCCAAGAAGGGUAAGGACGAUAAACCCUGGUUCGAUGGCUUGGACAGUAGACACAUCCAAUGCGUCCGCCGAGCUCGCUGCUACGCUACCUCGAACGCCACCAACACCUGUUUUGGCUCCAAGCUGCCUUACGAGCUGAGCAGCCUCGAUCUCACCGAUUUCCACACAGACAGGGAGCUGAACGAAAAGCUAAACGACUACUAUGCCCUUAAGCAUGUUCCCAAGUGCUGGGCGGCUAUACAGCCAUUUUUGUGCGCCGUCUUCAAGCCGAAGUGUGAAAAAAUUAACGGUCACGACAUGGUCUACCUGCCCUCGUAUGAAAUGUGCAGGAUUACCCUGGAACCCUGUCGAAUUUUAUAUAACACGACCUUCUUCCCAAAAUUUCUUCGCUGCAACGAUACUCUCUUUCCGACGAAAUGCACAAACGGAGCGCGGGGAAUGAAAUUCAACGGAACUGGCCUGUGUUUGAGUCCUUUGGUUCCGACAGAAACGUCGGCCAGCUAUUAUCCUGGUAUCGAAGGUUGCGGCGUGCGAUGCAAGGAUCCGCUGUACACCGAUGAUGAGCACCGACAGAUCCAUAAGCUGAUCGGAUGGGCUGGUAGCUUAUGCCUACUCUCGAAUCUUUUUGUGGUGGCAACAUUCUUUAUCGAUUGGAAGAAUGCCAACAAGUACCCGGCUGUGAUUGUAUUCUACAUAAAUCUGUGCUUCCUAAUUGCAUGCGUGGGCUGGCUGCUGCAGUUCACGUCGGGAUCGCGGGAGGACAUAGUGUGUCGCAAGGAUGGAACACUUCGCCACUCAGAGCCCACGACAGGAGAGAAUCUCUCUUGUAUCGUGAUCUUUGUGCUGGUUUACUAUUUUCUCACUGCUGCAAUGGUUUGGUUUGUGUUUCUUACCUACGCCUGGCAUUGGAGGGCCAUGGGCCACGUUCAAGAUCGCAUUGAUAAAAAAGGUUCCUACUUUCAUCUGGUAGCCUGGUCACUGCCUCUGGUUCUGACCAUUACCACAAUGGCCUUCAGUGAGGUGGAUGGGAAUAGCAUUGUGGGCAUAUGCUUUGUGGGCUACAUUAAUCAUCCGAUGAGGGCAGGACUACUUCUUGGGCCACUCUGUGGAGUGAUUCUCAUUGGUGGCUACUUUAUUACCCGAGGCAUGGUUAUGCUUUAUGGACUGAAGCACUUUGCUAAUGACAUCAAGUCAACUUCUGCGAGCAACAAAAUUCAUUUGAUAAUCAUGCGAAUGGGAUCAUCAGCGCUGCUUACUUUGGUUUUUAUACUGGUGGCUAUUGCUUGUCACGUUACGGAAUUUAGACACGCAGAAGAAUGGAGCCAAAGCUUCAGGAAGUUUAUAAUAUGUAAAAUUUCUUCCGUUUUUGAAGAGAAAAGCUCCUGUCGAAUUGACAACCGCCCCAGUGUCGGCGUCCUUCAACUCCAUUUGCUGUGUCUGUUUAGCUCUGGAAUUGUUAUGUCCACCUGGUGCUGGACACCAUCUUCAAUUGAAACUUGGAAGCGGUAUAUAAGAAAAAAGUGUGGAAAGGAGUUGGUUGAGGAAGUAAAAAUGCCCAAGCACAAGGUCAUUGCCCAGACGUGGGCCAAGCGCAAGGAUUUCGAGGACAAGGGACGGCUCUCCAUAACGCUGUACAACACUCACACGGAUCCUGUGGGUCUCAACUUUGACGUAAACGAUCUAAACUCCUCGGAGACCAAUGACAUCUCCUCAACUUGGGCUGCAUACCUUCCGCAGUGCGUAAAGCGUCGCAUGGCUUUGACGGGAGCAGCGACAGGUAAUUCGUCAAGCCACGGACCGCGAAAAAAUUCAUUGGAUUCGGAGAUCAGUGUGAGUGUUCGUCACGUUUCCGUUGAGUCUCGUAGGAACUCGGUGGAUUCCCAAGUUUCAGUUAAAAUAGCUGAAAUGAAGACUAAAGUAGCAUCCAGAUCAAGGGGAAAACAUGGUAGCUCCUCGAGCAACAAGAGAUCUCAGAGGCGGAGAGAUUACAUAGCUGCUACCACUGGUAGGACCAGCAGGCGAAGAGAAAGCAGUACUUCAGUGGAGUCACAGGUAAUAGCGCUCAAGAAAACUACUUAUCCCAACGCUAGUCACAAAGUGGGCGUGUUUGCCCAUCACAGCUCCAAAAAGCAACACAAUUAUACAAGCUCUAUGAAGCGAAGAACAGCGAAUGCCGGACUUGAUCCUUCUAUUCUUAAUGAAUUCCUGCAGAAGAAUGGCGAGUUUAUAUUUCCAUUUCUCCAAAAUCAAGAUAUGAGCUCUAGUUCAGAUGAAGAAAACUCGCGCGCGUCUCUUAAAAUUCAGGAUCUCAAUGUGGUUGUAAAGCAUGAUGAACUAAGUGAGGAUGAUCACGACGGAAUUAAGAUUGAAGAGUUACCAAAUAGCAAGCAGGUGGCUCUAGAGAACUUCCUUAAAAAUAUGAAAAAAUCAAAUGAAUCCAAUGGCAAUCGUCAUUCUCGCAAUUCUACAAGAAGUCGUCAGUCCAGAAAGUCCCGCAAGGCCCAUCCAAAGACCACUGAUCUGCAGCUCGAUUUUAAGAGGGACUAUUUGAGGGAUCGCCCAAAUGAAUCAAUCAGCUGCUCUUCUGAGGAAUUGGACGUGGUUUUAGAUGUGGGCAGCUUGCUAAAUAGCUCCUAUUCCGCAAUAUCUAUGGGCAAACCUCAUAGUAGGAAUAGCAAAACCAGUUGCGAUGUGGGCAUUCAGGCUAAUCCUUUCGAGUUAGUUCCCAGUUACGGAGACGAGGAGCUGCAGCAAGCCGUGCGACUCCUAAAUGCAGCCAGCAGGCAAAGAAAUGAGGCAGCUAAUGAAGAUGCCGGCGGCACAGAGCUGGAGGCCUUAUUGGGGCAAUCACAUCGUCAUUAUAGGGAACCCUCAUUUAUGAGCGAGUCCGACAAACUCAAAAUGUUGUUACUGCCCUCAAAAUAGAAGACUAAACGAUCAAAUAAUGCAUUUAUGUAAGUUUAUAAAACGCUUUUGCAUGGGUCUUAAUGACUGUUUCGGUUGAGAUGAUUCCCUUUUUGAUUAGAUAGAUAUAUAAUCAAUUUUAAUCGAUUUUAUUUUUAAAACAAAAUUUUACCAUCUAAUAUUUUUACACAUAAAAAGUAUUGCUAUCAGCUAAUUCUCUUUUGCUGCGUUAAAAUUCUUAUAAAUGUAUGUACAAUUUAUAAAUCCAGUCCAGAUUUUCUUGUUACAGAUUUACGGAAUUAUUAUUUUUUAAUCCACAUUAAGCAAAAACUAAAGUGAUAUUUUAUAAAUGGAAUUUUAUGUGGGAAAACCGAAGCAGGUCGUAUGUGUGAAUUUUAUGCCAUCUUUAUUGCAAUGGCCCUAUAGUUUUUAUAUUGAGCAUAAUAAGCGAAAACUACGACUACGAAUUACGAAUACUCAUAGAUAGUAAGCUAUUUAAAAUACUCAUCUUCCCACAUAGCCCGUAAGAAUUAAAAUCUCUAUGUAUGUUUGUAAAUGACUGUUUACUUUAUCCUGGUGCCCACGAAAAACAUAUAUAAAGCAUAUAUUUUCCUGAAUUUCUACUUUGUCGUGGGCACUGGGCUUUGAAGUCCAUUCUAUAUUAUACACAUAAGUACAAUACCAAUAGGCGUUUUUGCAAAAAAAAAAUCGUACCUUGAAAAGUGCCUUCAAGUUUACAAAAUAUUUUAUGUGUGACUAAUAAAACGAUUUCGAAUCAUUAA